AUGAAAUUGCUUAAUCCACACAGAAAACUAUGUUAUCGAUUUGAUGGAAGUACAUUUAUACGUGAUCAGUUAGAAAAACUACAAGUGAACAAAAUAGAUAAUAAAAGUGCAUAUAUAAACGAAAAUGAUGCUUCUAAAUUGUCCUAUAUAUCAACAAACUAUUCAAAUUUAACCGAAUGCAUUGAAAACACUCGAGUAGCUUUUAUGUCGCGUCAAUUGAUUCCAGGAAGUCACUCUCUUCAUACAAUCUUUCGUAAUCCUCCAUAUAAAGACAUAGUAAAACCUUACUGCGAUGGUUUAUGGAUGGAAUUUGGUGUGUUUCGUGGUGGUAGUAUAUCUCAUAUUGCGAAAUGGAAAACUGCAUUUUGUGGUAACAAAAGUGAGCCUGUCUAUGGAUUUGAUACGUUUAGUGGUUUACCGACGAAUUGGAGACCUGGAUUUGGUCGUGGAACCUUUCAUGUUCCUAAUGAAACAGAUAUUUUAGUUCCAUCUAAUGUUGUGUUAGUAAAGGGUCUUUUUAUCGAUACAUUACCUAUUCAACUUCGUAUUAUUGAUCGUAAACAUCAAUGUAGAACUCCAGUAUCAUUUGUUCAUAUUGAUUGCGAUAUAUAUGAUGGUGCAAGAGAUAUUCUAUUCCUUCUUGGAAGUCGUUUUGUACCAGGUACCAUAUUGGUAUUCGAUGAAUUAUUCAAUUAUCCAAGUUAUGAAAAACAUGAAAUCAAGGCUUUAUUUGAAUUUUUAUCAGGUUCAAACUUAAGACUCAUACCAAUAGGUACAAGCGGUAACAUUGAACUGAAACCAGCUCAAGAUAUAGCUGUGCAAUCAUUUGCUUUUGUUACAGACUUUGAAGAAGGAUAG